AUGACGCCAGACUGGGCUAUGCCCGGUGUCCAAGAGUUUGUACCUGGGAAACUGGAUCCAAGCGUCCUGGCAGUAUCCGAUGCUGGCGAUCCUCGUACGCCUCAUUUCGAUUCCUUCCUAGCCAGUCAUCAGCACCAGCAGCCCAAUCCUUAUCUUGAGCACAAUAUCAAUGGCGGCUUCCUUCAGACGUCAUCAGCUUUUCAGCAACCUGUGCAAUACCACCAAUAUGCCCCGAUCGGACCACAUAACCCGAAUAUGAUGCCAUAUCAGCGGAGCGUACACGACUUGUUCCUGACCAAUGAACUGCGAGAAGAUAUACAGAGAAGAAUGGCAGCAACUCUUCAGACACUACCCAACUCCCAGCUGCCACAACAUAUCGAAAGUUAUCAUUCACUCGUCCCACUUGACACAACUCACCACAAAAGCUCCUCUACUUUCGGUGGCUACCACUCUUGGGUCUACAAAGUUCAAUCAAGCACCAACGGCCAUUUCUUUGUUCUGCGUCGAAUUGAGGGCUUCCGACUCACUAACGAACAGGCAAUUCGAUCAGUGCAACCCUGGAAACACAUUGUCAAUGCAGGCGUCGUCCGAAUCGUCGAUGUCUUCACCAAUCGUAGUUUCGGAGACAGCUCCUUGUUCAUUGUGACCGAAUACCACGCACUAUCAAAGACAUUAGCGGAGCACCACCAUAUAGGACAUGGUCGACAUGUCAGAGCACGCAACAGCAUUGACCAGGUAUCAGAAACCGUUCUCUGGAGCUACGUUACGCAAUUGGCCUCUGCACUUAAGACUGUUCAUAAUAGUGGUCUUGCGGCUAGAGUACUUGAUACGUCCAAAGUUCUUGUCACUGGUAAGAACCGAGUGAGAUUGAAUGGCUGCGCUGCACUUGAUGUGAUACAAUACGAAGCUGCCACUUCCUUGGCUCAUCUACAGAGGCAGGAUCUAGUCAAUUUCGGGCUCACCAUAUUGUCCGUCGGAGCGAACAUGGCCGACGCCAGUCAAAAUUUUGCACGGGCCAUGGACCAAUUUAAGCGCUUCUACAAGCCAGAGAUACAGACAGCCGUCGUCUGGCUUUACAGUGCCCAGCAACAUACUGAUCGAACGAUCGAUCAGUUUAUCAAUCUCAUAUCCUCACAAAUAAUUGCUUCUUUCGAUGCAGCACUGCACGCAGACGACAGCCUCCACGGCGACUUCGCAAGAGAGGUAGAAAACGCCCGCCUUGUACGCUUACUUACGAAACUGAAUUUCAUCAACGAGCGGCCAGAGUUCGAGCACGAUCGGCAGUGGGCCGAAAACGGCGAACGCUUCUUCUUAAAGCUAUUCCGAGACUACGUUUUCCACCAGGUCGAUGCACAGGGACAUCCCGUCGUUGACUUGGCGCAUGUCCUAUCAUGUUUGAAUAAGCUAGAUGCAGGAACAGACGAGCGCCUGACACUAGUUAGCCGGGACGAACAAAAUUGCUUUGUUGUGACUUUUCGAGAAUUGAAGAAGGCUAUCGAGUCAGCAUUCCAGGACCUAAGUAGUAAUUCACGUCGUCUUUAG